AUGAAGGUCCAGUUCUUUAAAGGAAGGGACUUCACUGGUGAUACUAAGGUGUUUGAGAAAGAGUGCUCAUGGAAGUAUGAGGCAGACUUGAAGGAGAGACAUAGGUUCAAGUCAGUGGUAGUGGACAAUGGUACAUUAUUGAUUGCUUAUGAAAUACCAGAUCCAACAUACCUCAAAAGGAAACCAGACGGUGGACUACAUCAUAUAUUCCAUCCUGGACGUUAUCCAGACCUGCCAUCAAUAAGCAACUUCUCAAGAUACCAAAUAAUCAACAGCGGUCCAACUACAUCAUCAUCAUCACCAGACAAUGCCACUAUUAUCAACAACAACAUAUCAGUUAUUGACAUAAGAUUAGAUGUAUACUCCAACAACUCAUCACUCACCCAAUCACAACAUACUCAACAAUAUCAACUUGUAAUCAAAGACAAAGACGACGUAAACAUAUUCGCAUGUGUACAACAAUCAUCUAAUGCUGCUGCUAAUGAUGGAGAUGUCCAACCAUUCACCCAAUGUACUAUAAAGUCUAUUCCAGGCAACGAUGCAUCUCUGAUACAUUGGCAAAUCCAGGAGACACCAAACGGGGAUGAGUCCAAUACUACCAAGCUGCCCUUGUUCAAAGGUCAAUGCACUCUCACUCGUAAUCAACUCAAUGGCAUCUAUACACUAACAACUACAACGACCACGACCAAUGUAAAUACCCAAGCCCAAGACCAAGAUGAUGAGGAUAAUGUACUAGAUGGCGCCUCAAUGCCCAUCAACCUUGAUCUGAUACAAGUCGGCAAGACUCAAUUCAUAUUCUCUCUGGACCUGAGGAGAUUGUCUACAACUACCUGCCGGCCUGCCAGUCCAUCCAAGCUCAAAUGGAUGGGCGAGGUGUCGGUCAACUGA